AUGCAAGACUCGAUUAUCUCAUCAAUUUCUGUAUUGCAGUGUUGGCAAGUAUUAUGGACUUGGAUCAGCGUUGGCAGAUACUAUGGACUUGGAUCAGCAUUGGCAGGUACUAUGAACUUGGAUAAGCGUUGGCAGACAGCCCAGAUUUCUCAUGGUAUCCCAUUUGGAGUACGAUAUAGGACGGAGCAAACUUCUAAUGUGCAAAAGAUUAAGCAACUUGAAAAAUUGCUUUCAACACAAUGCAAAGAAAAGAUAGUUAGGCAAAUAUUUAAUUUUGAGCCUGUCUUACAAAUUGCGCAAAAGUUAACAUUAGCAGGAAAAAACAAUAACAUCGUAACAGAAUUAAUUUCAGCAUUUCGAACAAAUGAAGUUGUUAAAUCUUUUUCAAGUAUUGAAGUUGAAGAUAUUCAUCAUCUACUUGCAGUUGAGGAUGGUGAUUUAAUUUUCAAGGAUGAUAUAACAUUGAAGCCUUCAAAACUUUUUAAAGAUGUAAUAGAAAGAGUAUUCCGAUGUUGGAAUCUAAGUCUUAAAAAUGACAAAUUAGCAAUAUACCCAGAGUAUUAUAUUACACACCAAAAUGUUGAAAGCAAUUUGACUUUAAUAGGUUUAGUUGAUUAUAUUUCUGCUGAAAGAGUGGAAUGUAGCAAUAAUGUACUUAUAGCCGGGCAUAGUUUACCGGAUAACUGUGUGUUUUGUGCUGUUGAAGCAAAGAAAAAUGAACCGUUUGCUCAAGAUACUGGCGAACUUAUUGGGCAAAUGAAGGCACUAUAA